AUGAUUUAACUAAGAUAGACAUAAGAGAGGAAUGUUAUUUAACUAGUGAUCAAUAUAAUAUAAAUGAAUGGAUUGAUUAAGACUAAUAUUGUCUUAACUAACAAGAAUUAGAAGAACAAUGUGAUGAUUAAUCUUCAAAUUUUAAGUUUGGUCUUUUCAACCAAACUUUUAAUUAACUCAGAAAGCAAUUCUAUCAUGAGAAAAUUGUAUUAAACUUAAAUGGUAAAGUAACUUAGCAGAAUAAUGAAUAGCUUGAGAACUUUUAGAGUUAAAUUGUAAAUAAUCAGAAAUAACCUAUUAUUGAAUAAGAAGAAGAAUUUAACUUAAACAAUUAUGUGA